UGCCGCGGGGCGGGGCCGAGCUGGCGGCCAGGAAAUGCCCUGGAGUGUAUGUCACCUGCCCACCGCGACUUGUUGAUUCCCAGGAGCGCCGCUUUUCCGGUCUGGGUCCCUGAGAGAACUGCCUUGCUCACCUGUGCCCCCGGCGCGGCCCUGGGGAGUUCCCGACAGGCUCCCGGGAUCGCUAGCUCUCCAGCUCCACAGCCAUGAGCAAGUUGGGCAAAUUCUUUAAAGGGGGAGGCUCUUCUAAGAGCCGAGCCGCUCCCAGUCCCCAGGAGGCCCUGGCCCGACUUAGGGAGACUGAGGAGAUGCUGGGCAAGAAACAAGAGUACCUGGAAAAUCGAAUCCAGAGAGAAAUCGCCCUGGCCAAGAAGCACGGCAGGCAGAAUAAGCGAGCUGCAUUACAGGCACUAAAGAGAAAGAAGAGGUUCGAAAAGCAGCUCACUCAGAUUGAUGGAACACUUUCAACCAUUGAGUUCCAGAGAGAAGCCCUGGAGAACUCACACACCAACACUGAGGUGUUGAGGAACAUGGGCUUUGCAGCAAAAGCAAUGAAAUCAGUUCACGAAAACAUGGACCUGAACAAAAUAGAUGAUCUGAUGCAAGAGAUCACAGAGCAACAGGACAUCGCCCAAGAAAUCUCAGAAGCAUUUUCUCAACGGGUUGGAUUUGGUGAUGACUUUGAUGAGGAUGAGUUGAUGGCAGAACUUGAAGAAUUGGAACAGGAGGAAUUAAAUAAGAAGAUGACAAAUAUCCGCCUUCCAAAUGUGCCUUCCUCUUCUCUCCCAGCACAGCCAGAGAGAAAACCAGGCAUGUCUUUCACUGCACGUCGAACCCGAGCAGCAUCUUCCCGGAGGGCAGAAGAAGAUGAUGAUGAUAUCAAACAGUUGGCAGCUUGGGCUACCUAAACUAAAAUGCAUUUUUGAUACCUAAAUUAAUAAGCUGUAGAUAAAAUAUAAUUUUUUUUUGGCCUAGUUCAGAAGUUAACAAAGGCUGUUUUUUUGUUUGUUUUUGUUGUUGUUUUUGAGAUGGAGUCUCGCUCUGUCCCCAGGUGGAGUGCAGUGGCACGAUCUUGGCUCACUGCAACCUCUACCUCCUGGGUUCAGGCAAUUGUCCUUCCUUAGCCUCCUCAGUAGCUGGAAUUCCAAGCACCUGCCACCAACCCCAGCUAAUUUUUGUAUCUUUUAGUAGAGACAGCAUUUCACCAUGUCGGCCAGGAUGUUCUCUAUCUCUUGACCUCAUGAACUGUCUACCUCAACCUCCCAAGUGUGGGGAUUACAUGUGUGAGCCACUGCGCUCGGCCGACUCUGUUUUAUAAUUAUACUGAAUGAAUAAUUGUGUUUUAAGCCUUCUAAGUAAAAGUAAAAAAGGAGUCAUGUGUACAUAUAGAAUCAAUGAUGGAGGCUAAGUGUGGUGGCUUGCACCUGUAAUACCAGCACAUUGGGAGGCUGAGGCAGGUGGACCACUUGAGGCCAGGAGAGUGAGUCCAGCCUGACCAACAUGAAGAAACCCCAUCUCCACUAAAAAUACAAAAUUAGCCAGAUAUGAUGGCAUGUGCCUGUAAUCUCAGCUACUUGGGAGGCUGAGACAGGAGAAUUGCUUGAGCCUGGGAGAUGGAGGUUGCAGUGAGCCAAGACUGUGCCACCUGUACUCCAGACUAUGUGACAGAGGGAGACUUUAUCUCAAAAAACAAAAAGUAAUACAUUUAGUAUAGCUGGGAAAAGUAACGUUAUUUCCUAUGUGAAUGAAAAGUUGCUGUGUGUAUCCAUGUAGGUAUGGUAAAUGUAAAUAUACAGUGUCUCUUUUGGGAGCAACUUCUAGUAGAGGAGUCUUAUAUGAGUCUAUUCAUAAAUAGUUUCACUUGAGUUUUGCAGUUUGAAAUCUUAAAGGAGCUUUAAUUGACGUUUAUUAUACCAAUUAAGCUUGGAAUGGGGCAAUGGAUGCAUUUCGCAAAAUGUCUAAAAGCACUAACAGCUUACACUGCUGAGUGAGAAUCUCCUGGGUGUAAUUUACCCACUUAGGGAACUGUGUUAACACUCCCAGGCCAUUAUGAUGCUGUUAUGGCUUCAGUGUAUAAAUGCAUGAGUGUUCUUCCUGUUCUGUUUGGUGCUCUCUUGUACAUUUAUUUACUCUUUACAGAAUAUUCCUUGUAAAUACAUAAAAUGGCAAUUAAAAGUAUAUCUUGAAUAAAA